GUUGACAUCUUGCAAGUUGACGCAAUGCAAGGUUGACGACGGAGUUGCGUUUCGCCAUUUGUCUACCUCAACUUUCAUACUGGUUAAAACAUUAUAUAAAAACAAAUCAAGGGUUAAAUUUCGCUGUGAUGAAAUAAACUUCUUUAUAGGUAUGAUGGUAACUUGGAUAUGGGUCAGUCAUUAAGACGUAUUAAUAGGAAUCAGUCUUCAGGGAGCGUCAGUAAACAUCGAAGGUCAAAGCGACAUAGCCAACUACCGAACCUGAAGACGAGGUUCCCAGACCUAGCAGAGUUGCCACCUGAGCUCGCUCUUGCGGUUCUUUCCAACCUAAACGCCACUGAUCUGUGCUUGGCUGCCUGUGUGAAUGACUUCUGGAAGGAGCUCGCUAACGACCAACUGCUUUGGCAGGGGUUGUGUCGAGCCACAUGGGGAUGUGUGACAGCGUAUGAGCGCAUGAAUGAACCAGGCUUCUCCUGGAAGACACUUUACCUACAAUUGGACGAGGCUAGCCUCGCCUUCUCUGCAGACCCACAAGUAGGGUUAGAUUAUUUAUUCCAACACAACCUUGUCGAUAAUGAUGCUCUUGCAAUCGCUAAGUUCCUUCAUACUACAAACAGGCUGGCUCAUUGGCAGGUUCGACAGUUUUUGCGAACAAGGAGCGAUGUUUUAGAAGAAUUGGUCGGCCUCGAGGACUAUGCAAACCAUUUUCUACCGAAUGCAUUGCGCACGUUUUUUUCUCACGUUCAAACGCCCAGCGAAAGAGGUCCGUACCUACAUACGUUGAUCGAAAUGUUUGCAAGGAAGUUUAUUAGCUGCAAUCCAGACUGCAAUUUAACAGUCGAUACUAUUUGUGUUCUUUGUUACUCCUUGAUGUUAUUGUCCAUUGACCUGACAAGUCCAAAGGUCAAGAACAAAAUGUCCAAACGAGAAUUCAUCCGCAAUCUUCGUCGGGCAACGCAAGAAGUUGAUGACGAACUCUCGGGACACCUGUACGAUAACAUUUAUUUGGUCGGACACAUUGCUCCGCAGAAAUGGUAAGAAGCAGUAGGUGACCAGAUCUGACUAUUGAACGAAGUUCCUACCGAUUCUAAAUUAUAUUGAUCGAAGUCUUUUUUUUUUAAAUUAUUGUUAUGUUUAGCACACAUUCAGAAUGUGAUGAAAAUGGAAACAUUUUCGUUUAAGAGCUAGGCAAAAAUUGGGUUUUAUAUAAAUGCUUACAGGUUUUUUGUGGCGAAUUAUGUAUAUUGUGAAUAUUUAUUUAGAAAUUUUAGAAGCUGAUUAAAAUGUUGUCGAUUGAGAAUAAGAGUCAAAAAGAAAUGCAAAAUUAAUUCUAGAUUGUAUUCAUAAAUGAAACACCUUUAUCGUACAUUUAUGACUUUAUUAAAAAUGUUAGACAAAUCUGAAACAUUAAAAGUUAAUUGUAUAAUUUACAUUGGGGUGUUGUUGUGAUGAGCUUUAAAUAGAUCUUUUGUUGUUAUUAUUAUUAUUAUUAUUAUUAUUAUUAUUAUUAUUAUUAUUAUUAU